AUGUCAAACGUACUCCAGGAAGCCAACCGACGAAAAGGUGUGAAGCUCAACGAGUCCCUAAAGCGAGCAGAACCCACUGGACGACUUUUGCACAUGACAGGGAAAAAUGGAAUGUUUACUAGUGCACGAGUUACUCGACGACCAACGGUACUUCGGGUGACAGUACUUCAUGGCACUUCAUGUCCUUUGGAAGUUCUUUUAUUAAGUGCGAUGAAGCAGUUCUAUGAGAAACACAACAAGUCAAACGGUUUGUGGGCGACGUUCAGUGUGACCGGUUCGACUACCAUUUGCGGUGUGUGCGCUACUUCCACUGUCCUUUACCGUGAUCGUGAUUUGGACAAGAUUAAAGACGCCUUUAACGAAGUUUUUACAGUGGAACUAUUCAGCCUUCAAAUUGUCGAAAUCGAGGAUCUGAGAAAAUUGAUGUCCAUGGUUCGUUUACAAGACCAAAAUCUUGUUCGCCUCAACGAUGCUAGGGCACCUGUAUAUUCAUCGGAGGUCGCGCUAAUGGCCAGGAAUUUACGCGAUGAAAUCGAACUUGCUAACUCGGAUUUUCUUCUGGCUAUGAGGAAUAUUUUAGACGAGAAUGAAAAUUCGUACUUGAACGGGAAGACAAGGAUCGAUAAGAAAGAAAAUCGGUGUCUGGAAGAAGCAGAGACGAAGGUUAAAGACAGUCUUCUGAACAACGAAAGUGUCUUUUCGCAAAGUUCAUCAACGGAUUCAUUGGAGCAACCUUUAUCGCCUAUCGAUAAUCUAUCGCAAUCAUCCGCUUCUAGUGAAAAUUCCUGUGAUUGUGAGGAGAGCGCCGUUGAUGGUGAGCAGCUUGCUCCACGUAAAAGAAAUAACGUUUCCAAAUUGGACGAGGCUCCAGCGAAAAAAAGGCAGGCUGAGAGAUCUGUGGAAACCUAUAGGGAUGAGGACGGCUUUCUAAGUAUGGAUUUAGUGCUUUCCUCAUGCUAA